GCCAGUGCACGUCCCGGCACUGCGGGGCUGCCUUGGCUACGGAGCUCCGCCCCAGCCAGAGCCAGCACCGGGCGCUGCCAUUGACGCCGCUCCCGCCAAUGCGGGGCCCAGCUUGUAUAAGCGCGCGGCGGCAAGAAGCGGGAUCAAGGGGCGGCAUCCUGCGUCGCCGGCCCAGCGCCCCGGCCAGGCCCCGGGGCUGAGGCGGGGCCGCGGCGGGGCCGCUCGCGGUGCAGUCGCGGCGGGGCCAAUGCCGCUGCUGGCCGGAGCUCUGCCUCGGGUGGUGGUCGUGCUCUCGUUCUCCGUCCUGCUGAGGGUCCGGGGCGCUGCCCAGCGCCGCCCCGCCCACAGUAAUGUAUCUGCAAGCUGUUGGUCCCGUCUUCAUCCUGUAAAUAUGUUCAACCGUUAUAAUGUGAAGUUCCACCACAGAAAAGCUCUUACCUCCCCAUAUCCAGGAUCACAUAUUGAGCGUAGCCAAGUUCCUGAAGAUAAAGUGGGCUGGCUGACUGAGUGGGAAGAUUAUGAUCCUGUGGAGUACACUGCAAAGUCUGUUUUGGCCAGACCCAAUUGGGCAGAUCCCCAAAUCAAUGAUGAAGAUUUUUCUCCCAAAUUCAAUGAGAGAGAUGGAGAAGUGGAGAGGAAGAGUCUGAAUGGCUUGUAUGUGGUCGAAAAUGGGAGACCCCGCAAUCCAGCGGGAAGGACUGGCCUCACUGGCAGGGGAUUGUUGGGGCGCUGGGGACCAAACCAUGCUGCUGAUCCUGUUGUAACCAGGUGGAAAAGGGAUGGAAGUGGCAAUAAAAUUGCUCAUCCAGUUUCUGGCAAGAACAUCUUGCAGUUCGUAGCCAUCAAGAGGAGAGACUGUGGGGAGUGGGCCAUUCCAGGGGGGAUGGUGGACCCAGGAGAGAAGAUCACUGCUACUCUGAAGAGAGAAUUUGAGGAGGAGGCCUUGAACUCUCUGCAGAAAUCCCCUGAGGAGAAAGCAAAAUUGGAGAAGCAGCUCCAGAAGCUGUUCAGCCAGGAACACUUUGUGGUGUACAGAGGAUAUGUGGAUGACCCUCGUAACACUGAUAAUGCCUGGAUGGAGACAGAGGCUGUGAACUAUCAUGAUGAAACAGGUGAGACAAUGGAUAACUUGCCUCUGGAAGCAGGUGAUGAUGCUGGAGUUGUGAAGUGGGUUGACAUCAGUGAGAAGCUUGAGCUGUAUGCAAGUCACAGCUACUUCAUCAAGCUGGUGACUGAGAAACGGGGAGCCCACUGGAGUGAGGAUCCUGGCUCUGAGUGCCACAAGUGAAUGGAAACUGGGAACAGACAGACUCUGAGAGGAAAAUAUGUUUUCCAGUCUUAAAAUAGAUGUCCUUGUCAUCCUCAGUGAAAAUUCUGUGAAAUUCAACUGGGAUAAACACUGGACAGUGAUAAACAGAGGCUUUUUCAGAGACUUCGGAUUGCUUCUUUUGAUUUCUUAGUUAGUGUGAAAUGAGAAGAAUGUGGAGCUCUUGCUUUGCUUUCUUGGCUUCAUUAUUUGCAGCUGUUUCAUAAUGUCUGCAGAUCUGCAUGGCAGCACUGGCAUUCUGACUGGUGGUAGUUCACAGGCUCUUUAUUUUUGCACUGAUUCCUUUCAGGAAUAUGAAUCUGUAAGGAAUGAGAGACUUGUAGGAUAACUUGAAUAAUUACUUAAGUGCUGCAUAAUAAAGUGAAAUUUCUGAGUCA